CUCUCUCUCUCUGUGCGUGCCCAAGCACUGGAAUCAUGAUGACGCCCAUGUAAUGUAGUGACAUGGAGUCAUUGUGCUUUGCGACCAUCGUGUAGUUACUUACCACUUCUCCUCUUUGCGCCUUCGCUCUCGGCAUCAUUCACAGAGACGACGGUCCAGCAGAGUUUAGGGUAUCUUCCCAUCCGCCGACCCCUUGCGGACUCCGAGACGUUAGCCUUACCUUCCAAAGCGGUUUGAUGAGUCCUAUGGCCGACCAAAUCAAAUGGGCAUCCUCCGAGUCCGAAACCAGCGCGACAUCCUCCUCCUCCUCCUCCUCCUCGGGUUCGUCGUCGUCGAGGAGGAGCUCGGGCGGGGCCGCCACGGAGCAGCGGAAGCGGGAGCGGGAUAGCAGGCGGCACCCGGUAUACCGCGGGGUGCGGAUGCGGGCGUGGGGGAAGUGGGUGUCCGAGAUCCGGGAGCCCCGCAAGAAGUCGCGCAUUUGGCUCGGCACCUUCGCCACCCCCGAGAUGGCCGCCCGCGCCCACGACGCCGCCGCCCUCUGCGUCAAGGGCCCCUCUGCCGCCGCCGCCAUCCUCAACUUCCCGAACCUCGCCGGCACGCUGCCCCGCCCCGCCUCCCUCUCCCCGCGCGACGUGCGGGAGGCCGCCGCACGGGCGGCCGCCAUGGAUCCAGCAAGCCCAGGAAGCGCCGCCUCCUCCCCGUCGCCGUCGUCCUCACCGGAGGAGAAGCUUGCCGCGGCGCCGACGGAUGAGCUGGGCGAGAUAGUGGAGCUCCCGCGGCUCGGAGAGGAACUGUUCGACUCUGCUGCGCUAGAGGGCGACUUCAUCUUCCAUGACACAGAGGACCUAUGGACCUACCCGCAGCCAUGGGCGGAGAGCAAAGGAGACCACGAGUUCUUCCCUGAUCCAAUAUGGUCGCAGGAAGUCAACGCAUCCACUGGCUUGGAAGCUCCCUUCUGGGACUUUUCAUGAACUCGAAACACACACACACACAUGGUUCCUUCUCCUCCACCUCUCUCCAGUCACUGUACAUUCGUUGGUGAGCCUGCAAACAACUCUGCAAGAUGAGGAAGCGAUUCUAUUGGAGGAGACAGCGAUCAACGGUCUCCUGUUGUCAUUCUACGAAUAAUUGUAGACGCACUGCAAUGGCUGAACGUAAAAUGCAUACAAGCCAUCUUCUCCUUGCAUUCAAUUAAAACCAUGUACUUCAUCGGUUGAUCUUUCCUGUACAUCAUUAGCAUUCACAAUGCAGUAUGAUGUCUUCCUGUGUGCAUAUAAAAGUUUCUGCUCCAAUGGGUGCCAUUAUUUCUCA